AAGCCAUCACAGUGAAAUAUAUGACCUCAGACAAUUCAAUCACGGAGCACAGUUGUAAAAGAAGAGCUUUACUACCCACAAUGCUGAAAUCGCUCCUUGUCACGAUCCUCUUUCAAUGUUUCCUUUUGGAAAUCAAUGCUUUCUCUUUGGCAAGGCAACAGGAACGUUUCACUUGUCCGGCUGCUGAUGGUUUCUAUGCCAUCGAAGGUGAAUGCACAGCGACUUAUUAUGCAUGUGUAGGAGGAGUACCAUACAUCCAGACAUGCCCAGGGACAGGAAAUGUUUUUGAUCCAUUAAUUAAAAAAUGCGUACCUUACGCGGAUUCCUCUUGCCGCAAUAUAGAAACGACUACUACCUCAUCAACGACGACCACGACGACCACGACACGUCCGACACUCACCACUCCGACGACGACGGCUACAACAAUCGGUCCGACAUUUAAUUGUCCGACAGCCGAAGGCUUUUACCCGAUUCCCAACACUUGCGGUGCUGAUUAUUACGUCUGUGUCAGUGGUUCUCCUUACGUAUCGACUUGCCCAGGAGACAGCGUCUUCGACCCAACUACGCUAGUAUGCACAUCCCCGGAUAAAGCUUCUUGUCAAAAACCAUUCGUAUGUCCGACCCCAGACGGAUUUUACCCAGUUCCAGGUACUUGCGGAAAUAGUUACUACUCAUGUGUCGGUGGGACGGCCUAUUUACAGAAUUGCCCUGGAACUGCCAUCUUUGAUCCGAGCACAAACAAUUGCGUCGCUGCGGAAAACGCGUCGUGCAAAACUACAACUACCACAACACCAGCAACAACUACUACAACGCCCACUACAACAACGACGCCCACAACAACGACAACACCUACAACAACGACAACACCUACAACAACGACAACACCUACAACAACGACAACACCUACAACAACGACAACACCUACAACAACAACAACACCUACAACAACAACAACAACCACAACCACAACCACAAGGCCACCAACAACUAAGGCACCAUUCGUUUGUCCGGGUACCGGCCAUUAUCCCUAUCCCGGAAGCUGUACUUUGUACUAUGUCUGUUCCGGCAGCAACUACAUUGUAGCAAGCUGUCCAGCUGGGCAGGUGUUUAACCCCACCACCGAAUUCUGUGAGGAUCCCAUUAACGUUCCCGGCUGCUAUUUCGAUCCCAUGGAAUUUUUCCGAGAUCUGAAAUUCGUCGGAAUGACUGGCGGCCCAUAGUUCUAAAAAUCAAGUCCUAAACGUGUGCCGUUACCGAUGUAUCUAAAAAUUCUUAGUGAGAAAACCAACGUCAGUUAGUGACUCCCUCCAUAUUUCUAAAUAGCCAUAUAGUUGAAUUAAUCAAAUAAUUAUAAUAUGUUGCAAGCACUAUAAGUUAUACGGUUGUUGCACACUAUAUCAAUGACACAUCUCUGUAAACUACCGUCACAAUAAAACCUUUCUUUCAA